GGUACAUGGGGCCGGCCGGCGCCCUGCAGAUCAAGGUCCUUCGCUGUGACGGUCGUCGGUGCCUAGUAUAGCCUAAGGAGAGGUCGAAGUAGGACGUUUGUUCGCUGAACACAGCCUUCUGAAGGGUCACCUGAAUGAGUCCACAAACGUUGGAUCCGUUCACCCAAUUGACAACCCUCUAGGAGCUUCAGGAGUGAAGCAGUUGGCCACAAACUCAUGCUCGAACUCGAUUAUGGUCGGUUCCCCUAUCCAUUGUUAAUCUCACGUUGAUCUGCUUCACAUUUGUGGAAUUUUGACUUGAAGGUUGAGCACUCAUGGGAAAGAAGAGUAAGGCUGGCUCUUCAGAGGCCAAGGCAGAGGAUGUUGAUUCAGAGACCAGUCGGAACACAAAGCUUGGCACUGAUGUGUGUCAAGCUGCGCUGAAGGCGCCCAUUGGUACCCAGGGGAAUGGAUGGAGAAAGGGUUUGCUGAUUGCUCUCAUUGUCCUGAGUGGCGCUCUUAUCCUUGGUCGACUUGGAAGGGUACCCGCCUCCACCACCGAGGAUCAUACCGUCGUGGAAUCCCUUGCCGGGCUUAAACAAGCUGUGCGGUCGCUGGAGACCAAGUUGUCAUCUCUAGCCGUACAAGGAAUGGAAAAGAUCGCGGAUUUUUGGGACUCAGCUGACAGCGAAGAUUCUGUCGGUGGCGGAGACGAUGACCGAGAGUCCACCCCAGUUGUGUUUUGGAAGAGAAUAGCCCUUCUCGCCGCCUUGCUCCUGGCACUAAGCCCUUUUGUACUGGUACACUACGUGGAUUCAGUUGCACGUGUUCUGGGAGGGGAUAAAGGUGGCGACGGCAGAGUCGAAUCCUUCAGCAGAAGAUUUGAGUACAAGGUGGAUUACUGGAUGUCCGCUUAUCCCUCGGUGAAGCCCCUAGGUCUGCUCUUUCUGACCCUUUUCCUUAUCGGGGUUGGCGGCUUGGCCCUCUACUCUGUGAGCGAAGCGCCAUUCCAUGCUGAAGCAUGGAAUGCUUGGAGCUACUUAGCGGAUGCAGGAAAUCAUGUGGAGAGAGAGGGCUUUGGGGACCGGCUUGUGAGCCUUCUCAUCAGUUUUGGCGGGAUGCUCAUCUUCGCACUCAUGCUUGGACUGGUCAGCGAUGCCAUAUCCGAGAAGGUGGACAGCUUGAAGAAGGGUCGGAGCUCUGUGAUCGAGAGCAACCACACGCUCAUUCUCGGCUGGAGCGAGAAACUGGGUUCACUGUUAAAGCAGCUUGCGCUGGCAAACGAGAGUCAAAAGGGGGGCGUCGUUGUCAUUCUGGCCGAGAAGGAUAAGGAAGAGAUGGAGCUCGACAUCGCACGAUUCGAGUCGGACAUGCGGGGCACCAUCGUCAUCUGCCGCAGUGGCAGCCCGCUUGUCAUGGCCGAUCUGAAGAAGGUGUCCGUUGGGAGUGCUCGGUCCGUCAUUGUGCUCUUGGAUGAAGGCGUGGCGGAUGUGAGCGAUGCGAAGGCGCUGCGGAUCGUUCUGAGCCUUUCGGGAGUGCCGGGGGGCCUCAGGGGCCACGUGGUCGUGGAGAUGGGGGACAUCGAUAACGAGCAGCUAGUGAAACUGGUCGGGUCUGGCAUCGGUGUCGAAACGGUGGUCGCCCACGAUGUGAUCGGCCGGCUCAUGAUCCAGUGCGCCAGGCAACCGGGACUUGCGCAGGUAUGGGAGGACCUGCUCGGGUUCGACGGGUGCGAGUUCUACUUCAAGCACUGGCCGGAGCUGACCGGCUGCACGUUCGGGGAGGUGCUGCUGCGAUUCGCGGACGCGGUGCCGUGCGGGAUCAGAGUGGCAGCAGAAGGCGGCAAGGUCAAUAUCAACCCGCCGGAUAGCUACGUGUUGCAAGCGGGGGACGAGCUGCUUGUGAUCGCGGAGGAUGACGACACCUACGAGCCCGGGCCGCCCAACAAGGUCAGCGCUGGCAAGGUCCUCUCGCGCUCGCUCCCGGAGAAGCUGCCGGAGCGCAUUCUGUUCUGCGGGUGGCGCCGCGACAUGGACGACAUGAUCCAGGUGCUCGAGUCGUUCUUGCCGAUCGGCAGCGAGCUGUGGCUGUUCAGCGAGGUGCCGGUCGAGGACCGCGAGGAGCGGCUGAAAGAGGGCGGCCUCGACCCGGCCACGCUCAAGAACGUGACGCUGGUGCACCAGAAGGGGAACCCCGUCAACCGGCGCCACCUGGAGACGCUGCCCAUGGAGGACUUCGACUCGGUGCUCAUUCUUGCGGACGAGGAUCUGGAGGACUCGGUGACUGCGGCGGACAGCCGCUCUCUCGCAACGCUGCUCCUGAUUCGCGACAUCCAGUCUCGGCGGCUCCCCAAGGACCUCGCCCGCUUCAAGGCCGACCAGCACAAGCAGCGCCGGCAGAUCGCCGAGAAGGCGCUCCUCCGCGCGCGCUCUGGAUCCUCCUCUAGCUCCUCCAUCGCCGUCCCUUCUCCGAUCGCUCCGCUCGAGCUCAGCGCCGACUCCGCAAGCUCUGCAGACUCCGCUCAGCCCCUCUCUCCCCUAUACCCCGAAUCAUUCGUCAAGGCUGUAGAGCCAAAGAAGCGCAGCAGCAAACUGAGCAAACGGGAGGAGGGCCACUCCGACCAGGACUCGUGGAUCGGGAAGAUUCAGCAGGCGUCGGCGCGGUCGAUUGUGAUCAGCGAAAUUCUGGACUCGCGGACCAAAGACCUGGUGUCGGUGGCGCAGAUCAGUGAUUACGUGCUGAGUAACGAGCUGGUCAGCAUGGCGCUCGCGAUGGUGUCCGAGGACCAGCAGAUCAACCGGGUGCUCGACGAGCUGUUCGACGAAGAGGGCAACGAGUUAUAUAUUCGACCAUCUUUCUUCUAUUUACGCGAAGAUGGAGAAGAGUUGACAUUUUAUCAGUUGAUGGCUCGUGCCCGACAACUGAACGAGAUCAUGUUUGGCUACAAGCUAGCCAGCGCGGACAAGGCAAUGCUUAAUCCACCUGACAAAGACAAACCCCGUAAGUGGUCUUUUAAAGACACGUUUGUUACAAUCAGCGAGGACUAAAGAAUUUGGUACUUGACAGGCACUUGAACACACAUAAUAAUGACAGCAACCUUAUUACUACAACUGUUUGCAGACAUUGUCUAGGUCGAACCGUUCUCGAUAUAGCUGGGGACUGCAUGUGCGCGGUUCGAUCGAGGCUGGUUAAAGCUACCGGUUCAUGCAUAUGCUGCUUUCAAAAUUGCUGAUGGCAUUGG